AUGAGUUUGUCGGACUUGAAGAACAGCAUCUUGGAGAAGCUUGGCGUGUUGGGUUGCAAGUGGGUGAAGAAACUAUUCUACAAGAUUCCCAUGGCGGUUGUCUCGACCGGUGUUCAGUACGAAACCUUUCCCGUUAAGUCUGAUGAAGAUAUUCGGGUUCUCUUCUACUGCGUAAGGAGUUUUCCGGAGAUCAGAAUCCAUGAGUUGUUUGCGAAGUUGGAGGUUGGCGUCGAUAGUUCUGGGGCAUCCGCUCCAGUUCCUUGCGUAGCUUCCGCGGGUGGUGCAUCUAGUUCGAUGCCUGCGGUCAGACCGCAUCUUCCUCCGGUUCAAUCACCUUCUUUUGCGGCUGACUUAGAACAAACGGAGGUUGUCGGUUCUGUCCCUUUGGAGCAUGCAGCAGUCAUUGAGCCUCCCAACGUAGUGGGUACCGGUGGUGGCCUCGUGCCUUAUGUUGAAGACUUUGGUGGACCUGAUCAAGUAGAGAAUGCAAUGCGUGACGAUGAAUCUGACGAGGAGCCUGUUGAUAUCGAUGGUGACAGCGACGAAAACACAGGCGGCGAUCCUGAUGCGCAACAUCGGCCUUCAAGUUCUGCUUCUCAUCAAUACCCUCCACACUUCUCGACACUAAACUUGGAAGCUCUUGGUCAACAGGAAGACAGUGGUAACAGAGUGGGUAGAUCUUCUACAGAAUUCGAGAUUGGGCAAUCUUUCCAGAGUAAAGAUGAAGUUGUGCUCAGUGUGAAGGACUAUAGCAUCCGGCGAGGUGUUGAGUACAGAGUCAUCGAAUCGGAUCAUUUGAAGUAUCAUGGAAAAUGCAAGGAAUUCGGCAAGGGUUGCACUUGGUUGGUUCGUGUAGCGCUUCGUGCACGAAAGGGAACUUGGGAGGUUAGGAGGUACAACGGGCCACACACGUGCCUCGCAACUUCUAUCUCAAGUGAUCACCGUCAGCUGGAUUAUAACGUUAUAUGUGCGAGGAUUCUUCCUAUGGUUAGGGCGGAUGCUGCGGUUACGGUAAAGGUACUUCAACAAGCGACAGAAGCUGAUUACGGUUUCAGGCCUAGUUACAGGAAGGUCUGGUUGGCUAAGCAGAAGGCUGUGGCUGAAAUAUAUGGAGAUUGGGAAGAGUCUUACGCGGAGUUGCCCCGUUGGAUGCUAGGGAUCGAGGCAACAAUGCCGGGAACAAUCACGGUGCUGAAGACGUCUCCGGUUCAGAUUGGUGGUGCUGUUGAUGAGUCGACGGUGUACUUUCACCGACUUUUCUGGACAUUUCCUCCCUGUGUCGAGGCAUUCCGGCACUGCAAGCCACUCGUCAGUAUUGAUGGUACCCACUUGUAUGGGAAGUAUGGAGGGACGCUCCUGUUGGCGAUAGCUCAGGACGGAAAUUCGAACAUCCUGCCGAUAGCAUUCGCCCUUGUAGAGGGGGAAAAUGCAGAGUCGAGGAUAGGAACCUGUGCGCCACACGGCACCACCACUCUAGGUAAUCUGAUGAUGGACCAGGGUCGAGGACACGAUCGACCCAUAUGA